AUGCAUGCACCAACAAUUGGCACGCCUUCAGCACGAAACCUUAAGGUGGGAUCACACAGAAGAAAUGUGACCAUAAAUGAGGCCUCAUCAAAGAAUGAUGUUGUAGGCAUGGAUGUUGCUAUUAAUGAAAACGAUGGACAACGUGCCACUAGUCACAAUGACGUUCGUGAUGGCGAACCCAUGACUCAAAUUACGGUAGAUUUGAAGGCCAUUAUUGAAAAACUUGUUGAUAGGAUGGAUUCUACCGAUCUAGAAUUGAAACAAGCAGUUGUUCAAGUAAACAAUGAAGCUGUUGUGCAGAUUAAAGUGCCGACCAUAUACGAACGCUACUCACCUAUUUCGCGGAAGUUAAGAUGCCACCAAUGCAAACAUUAA